AAAAAGCAGAGUAUCCUUCCAAAUGAAGCACUACCACUUUGAAAGCAAGCCUGUUACCCAUGCCCAUGCUCUCGUUUCGGGGCCCCAUUACCGCUUCACUGUCCUAACUGACCGUCUGAUCCGGUACGAAUGGUCUUAUGACGGCAAGUUCGAAGAUCGAGCCUCGACUUUUGCCAUCAACCGCGAGUUUCCCGUGCCCAAGUUUCAAGUGGUCGACAGGCCAGAAGAACUCGAGAUCAUCAACGACCAUUUCCACCUGAGCUACGACAAGAAGCGGUUCAGCGCCAGUGGACUGUUAUGCAGCUUCUCGGCCAAAGUGACUCUUUGGGGAGCGCAAUGGCGGUUCGGUGCCCAGCCCAGCCACGGCAGGCGGGAGAAUCUGGGCGGCACGGCUAGAACUCUGGACGAGGUCGACGGGCGAUGUGACAUGGGAGACGGCGUGCUGUCCAGGUUUGGCUAUGCCGCUCUUGACGACAGCAAGUCGAUGCUGUUUGACGGCCAGGGUUUCGUGGCCGGUCGGCGACCUGGUGAUCGGAUCGAUGGGUAUCUCUUCUGCCAUGGUCAUGAUUACAAGGGUGCUAUCCGGGACUUCUACGCCGUCAGCGGCAAGCAACCGUUGCUCCCUCGAUGGGCUCUCGGAAAUUGGUGGUCGAGGUACUACAAGUACCAUCAGGACGAGUAUAUCGGUUUGAUGGACCAAUUCAAGAGUAAAAAUGUUCCCUUGUCCGUCGCAGUGGUUGAUAUGGACUGGCACAUGGUGGAUGAUCCUCGAGUACCUCAUGCUGGCUGGACGGGUUACACCUGGGACAAGAAGCUGUUCCCCGACCCCGCGACGUUUGGACGAGAGAUUCACAGUCGGAAUCUGAAGAUCACCCUCAACGACCAUCCGCACUCUGGCAUCCAUUCGCACGAAGACUCGUAUGAGGAGAUGGCCAAGUUUCUGAGCCACGACACCUCUCAAAAGAAUCCUAUUUUGUUCGAUCCGACGACUCCCAAGUUCAUGGAAGCAUAUUUGGGGAUUCUUCAUCGGAGUAUUGAGAAGAUUGCCUGCGACUUCUGGUGGAUCGACUGGCAGCAGGGCUCUCAUACCAAGGUGCCGGGAAUCGACCCGUUGUGGUUACUCAACCAUUUCCAUUUCCUCGACAACGCCCUUCACGGCAAACGUCCGCUCAUCUUUUCAAGAUAUGCUGGUCCCGGUAGCCAUCGCUAUCCCGUGGGGUUCUCAGGGGACACGGUGACAACAUGGGCCUCGCUGGAGUUUCAGCCCGAGUUCACCGCCACAGCUUCAAAUAUCGGGUAUGGUUGGUGGAGUCACGACAUUGGAGGCCACUUUUUUGGCAAACGCGACGACGAGCUGGUGACCCGGUGGGUGCAGUUUGGCGUCUUCAGCCCCAUCAUGCGUCUGCAUUCCUCCAACUCGAGGUGGACAUCCAAGGAACCCUGGCUGUAUCGCAAGGAGAGCGAAGAGGUCAUUGAGGGAUUCAUGCGCCUUCGGCACCGCAUGAUCCCCUACCUUUACACAUGCAACGUCCGCGCCUCGACUCAAGACGAGCCACUCAUGCAGCCGAUGUACUGGCUCUUCCCGGAGCGCGGAGAGGCUUACCAGGUGCCGAAUCAGUACUUCUUUGGCUCGGAACUCAUUGUGGCCCCGAUCGUGAAGCCGCGGGACAGGCGGACGAAUUUGGCAUGUGUCAAGGCCUGGUUGCCGCCUAUGCAUCGCCACGUGGACAUCUUCACCGGAACAGUCUACGACGGGAACAGGGAGUUGAACAUGUACCGCCCAUUGCAUGAAAUCCCUGUGUUGGCACACGAAGGCAGCAUCAUCCCUCUGGACGCCAACCAGAUGCCCGGCAACGGUGGCCUCAACCCAGAACACUUCGAGGUGCUUGUGGUGAUCGGACGCAACGGACAGACUUCCGUGCUCGAAGAUCCAGCUGACGACUCAGACCAAGUCAAGAACGAGAGCCCCCAGACAGGUGAGCGCGGUUCACUCAUCCAAUACGACCAAGCGAAGGGUGAACUCACCGCCCACGUCACGGGCCGGACGUGGAGUUUCCGAUUCCUCGCCGUCACCGAGAUUCCCAAGGAUCUGAAAGUCACGGUCGAUGGUCAAGACCGCACCGCGGACACCAAGGUCUCCAUCUCGAAGUUCCCAGACACUCCGUCCAUGCUCGUGCACGUCCCUCCGGCGCCGCACAUGGACAAGUACACCAUCACCGUAUCCCUGGGCCGCGAUCCGCAAUUGAGUGUGCUGGACCACAAGCCGCGGAUCGAGAAGCUCUUGCUGGAUUACCAGACCGAGUUCGACAUCAAGGACAGGAUAUGGAGCAUCGUGGAUGACAGGGAGAGCGCGAUCAAUGUCAAGAUCGGGAAGUUGAUGAGUCUGAGUGUGGAUGAGACUCUGACGGAGCCGAUUGCGGAAUUGAUCUUGAGCGAUGUGAGAGGAAUGCAUUUGUGAGUGGCAUUGGGUUUGCGGCGAGUGGUGACUAUGAGUGGGAAGAGGGCUUGAAAGGUGCCAUAACGAUGGUGGGAGGCACGCGUGAAAAUGUCCUCGUAAAGAGCUCGCGGACAACAAAAGUAGCAUUCUUACUUGAUGAAUCUUUUUCGACCGCUUUUUGCAAAUAGCUCGAAGGCGAAAUGGGCCCCGAGAUUAUCCAGCCAAGUGCAAGUCAAUUGACAAUAUGAUAG